AUGCCCCUUGUUCGUAAGCGACCAGCGGCCCACGAACCACAAUCCAGCGAUGAAGAGUCUGCCUCGCCAGAACCCGCAACUCAAACAACUCGCCAGCGCCAGCGCCGCGUCCGCGCAUCCCCCUCCGAGAGCGAAGAUGAUGACAGCGGCGAGGAUUCGAAUAUCCGCGCGCCCAGCAGCACAGACGUGAUGGUCAAGAAGCUGGUGCGACUAGCGCUUUCGAGCGAAUACUCGCGGCAGCCGAUUCGGAGAGUGGACGUCACUAACAAAGUUCUUGGGGAGGGUUCUCGCCAGUUUAAGGUUGUUUUUGAGGGCGCGCAAAAGGUUCUGGCGGAGACGUUCGGGAUGCAGCUGGCUGAGUUGCCGCAGAAGGAGAAGGUCACGAUUCAGCAGCGGAGGGCUGCGCAGAAAGUAGAACGACCCUCGUCGACGAAUAAGUCGUGGAUCCUUACAAGCACACUGCCAUCCAAGUACCGGAAACAGGACAUUCUACGCCCAACACGCGGACCGGCUGAGAGCUCUUACACUGGCCUGUACACCUUCAUUAUCGCUGUGAUCCUGCUAAACGGGGGCACGCUUCCGGAGCAGAAACUGGAACGGUACCUCAGCCGUAUGAACGCCGACAGCUAUACGCCCGUCGACCGAACAGAUCGUUUACUACAGCGGCUCUGUAAGGAAGGCUACUUGAUCAAAAGCCGGGAGAUGGACGGGGGCGACGAGGUCAUCGACUACAUGGUCGGGCCGCGGGGGAAGGUCGAGGUCGGCACGCGAGGUGUGGCUGGGCUUGUGAGGGAGGUUUAUGGUCGACAGGCUAUGGUUGAGGAUGACGAUAUCACCCCUGCGGAGAGAGAGAAGAUCGAGGAAUUUGAAUUUCGCCUGGCGAGGAGUCUUGGAGUUAAGAAGUCGAAUGGAGGGGCAGCAGAGGGUGCGCAGGACGGGGAUGCUGAGAACGCGGGAGGAAGCAGGCCGACGCAACGGCGGCGGCGUGAAGCUGAUUCUAGCGAAGACAGUGACGACUGA